AUGAAAGCCACGUCAUUGAAGUCAAUUGGAUUAAUAGCAACAACAGAUCUUGAUGAGUUACUGAGUAUGGUUGUAUGUUCUUCAAAGUCAAAGGAAUGUGUUUACGGAGACUGUGAUUUUUGCAAAAACAAUCAAUUAAAAGAACAGAAGAAGGUUACAAAUUUAAGAAAAAGAAGAGACACAAGUAAAAUAGAGAGAGAAAAAAUAGAACAAUCAAGCCAUGAAGAUAAAAAAAAUACAUACACUAGUAAAGACACAAGAGAAAUAAACAUUUUUUCUAAUGAAAAUCAGGGAGUAGUUAAAACUAAUUUAGCUGGACAAUCUGUGAUUGCUACGACUCUGCAGGAUGAUGAAAAUAACUUUGACAAUGCAAAAAAUGACUCGGAAGUGACAUCAAAAAUUAAUACAGACAUAUGGAGGCUAUCUUUCAAAGACACUGUACUUGUAAGGUAUUAUCAAAGAACCGCGUGGAAGUAUUACAUAGGAUUCUUGGAAGACAGUUUUAAAAAAGAAGGAAAAUCUUAUUUUACCAUACGAUUUCUGAAAACCAUUAAAAAACCGGAGCUAAAGUUUGUAAUUCACAAAAUAAAAGAUGAAGACACUGUAACUGAAGAUUUAAUAGUUAAGCAGGUUAAAAUAACAUAA